GAACAUAACAGAUUAGGAGAAAGCAACAACGGUCACAUGCGCGGGUGAAAAAAAAAGCAAUUCUCUUGAAAGUGAAGAGAAACCGUGACAAUAUUUAAACACUCAAUUCUUCUCCAAGUUUACAUUAUCAUCAUCACAUUCCUCUCUUCUUCACUCUCUCAAUCUUCUUCUUCUUCUCUUCUUCACUACAUCACAUCACACAAAAUGGAGAAACCAUCCUCAAUGAAACAAUGGAAGAAAGGUCCAGCUCGCGGCAAAGGCGGUCCACAAAACGCUCUUUGUCGCUACCGUGGAGUGAGGCAAAGGACAUGGGGCAAAUGGGUGGCUGAGAUCAGAGAGCCCAAGAAGAGAGCAAGACUCUGGCUCGGCUCUUUCGCUACCGCUGAAGAAGCAGCCAUGGCUUAUGACGAAGCCGCGCUGAAACUGUAUGGCCAGGAAGCUUAUCUCAACUUACCUCAUCUCCAGCAGAGGAAACAACAGCAAGGACCACUUCCUCUGAACCACACUCAGAGGUUUAAAUGGGUUCCUUCAAAGAAGUUUAUCUCUAUGUUCCCUUCUCGCGGUUUGCUAAAUGUGAAUGCUCAGCCUAGUGUUCAAGUCAUCCAGCAAAGACUUGACGAGCUCAAGAGAAACGGGCUUUUAUCUCAAUCCUAUUCUUCUAGCUCUUCCUCCACCGAGUCGAAAAGCCUUGUUGAUGACAAGACCACCAGCAAGGGAGGAGAACCAGACAAGGUGUUGUUGGAAGGUGAUAAGAAGAAGCCCGAGAUUGACCUGAACGAGUUUCUUCAGCAGAUGGGGAUCUUGAAGGAAAAGAGUCAAGCGGAAGCAAGUGAAGUGGCAGAGUGUCUUUCCACUACGCCAUGGAACGAGCAAGAAGAAGCUGGAAGUCCUUUCACAGCUCAGAGUUUAAGCUGGGAGACGAUGAUUGAGAUGCCAGGUAGUGAAACCUCAGCUAUGCAGUUCGAUUAUGAUUUUGAUGACGAUCUAGGUUUCUCUUCUAUCUGGAACUUCUGUGAAAGCUUAGACGAGUGAAAAAGCUACUUUACUAUCAGAUUCAGAAGUACACAUAUGUGAGUUAGGUUUAGCCGUUAGUGUGUUUUUGGAAUAGUGUAGCUGCAUGGGUAGUUAGUGAUAUAUGCUGAGAGUGCAGUCUGUGCAGCAAUAAAAACUAGUCAGUGUACUUCUGAAUAUGAACGAGUUGUUCUGUU